AUGUUGGUCAGGACUCUGCUUGCGUACGCGCUGGCCACCAUUUUUGGGCUUGUUAGAGCAAGACAUCAAGAGUAUUUGGGAAUCCCUUUGGGCAGUACUGCGUCGCAAGCCUACGAUUACGGCUUGUUUAGACCACUCGAGGACCUCUCUGUCCUCUCUGAAACAGAAUUCACGCGACUCGCACACCCAGCGUUUCCUCGACACAGUGUACGGAUCAAGAAAUCGUCGUUUUGCGAUGAGACCGUCAAAGCAUAUACUGGGUACAUUGAUAUCGAAGCCCGACACCUCUUUUUCUACUUUUUCGAAAGCAGGAGCGAUCCAGACAAGGAUGACGUGAUUUUUUGGACGAACGGAGGUCCGGGCUGUUCGUCUUCGCUGGGGUUGUUCAUGGAGUUGGGACCUUGCAGGGUUGCCAAUGCCGUCAAUGGGACAACCUUCCAUCCUGAAUCAUGGAACUCUAAUGCCAAUGUCUUUUUCGUGGACCAGCCUAUAGGAGUUGGAUUUUCAUAUGCAGAUUACGGGGAACAUGUUUCAACAACGGAGGAGGCUGCCAAGGAUAUUGCCGCAUUUGUCUCUAUAUUCUUCGAAAACUUCAGCAAGUUCAAGGGCAGGCCUUUCCAUAUGGCAGGAGAGUCCUACGGCGUGGGUGGCGGCCGAUACAUCCCUGUUUUCGCAGCAGAGGUUUAUGACCAGAACACGAAACUCGUCGAAGCCGGAAUGACGCCCAUCAACCUAGCCUCCAUUAUGAUUGGAAACGGCCUCACGGACUUCUAUUCCAUGACAGAGUCAUAUUUUGACUUGGUUUGUUCGCCUGCGUCAGUGCACCCAAUUCUCGACAUUGCUUCCUGUGUGCGAAUGAAACAAGCGCUUCCCAGGUGCAUGAAAAUGCUAAAGGAAUCAUGUGUGGAUCUCUUCGACAGUAUGAGCUGCAAUGCUGGUGUGGCGUUCUGUGAGGCGGAAAUAAUAUUGCCAUUUUAUCGCACAAAGAAGAACCCCUACGAUAUCAGCCGGGACUGUGAAGGAGAAUUGAGCGAUACUCUGUGUUACCCCCUGACCAAACAAAUUUCAACGUACCUUGACUUCCCGAAGGUACGCUCCUUGCUAGGAGUGGACCGAUCUCUCGCCCAUACCAACUUCUCUUCCUGCUCCUCUUCUGUCGGUUCCGCCUUCGGGCUUGCUAUGGACGAGUUUCGGCCAACAUACCACUACGUCAGCGCACUCCUCGAACGCGGAGUCAAGGCCUUGAUCUACGUAGGAGUGAACGACUGGAUCUGCAAUCACGUAGGAAAUGAACGUUGGACGCUGGCGUUGGAGUGGAGUGGGAAAGAGGCUUUUGGGGUGGCGGAGAAGAGGGAGUGGGUCGUUCAUGGAAAGAGGGCGGGGAUGACGAGGAGUGCAAAGGGGCUGACAUUCGCCACCAUCGAUGGCGCAGGACAUAUGGUUCCUUACGAUAAACCAAAAGAAUCAUUGGAAAUGGUCAAUCGUUGGUUAAGUGGAAAGGAUCUCUGAACACCUAUUGGAAUAAAUGAUAUCUGGAAAUUAUUUCUCAAAUGCUAAUGUCACUCCU